CUGCGGCACGUGUCAUGACCAUGCACAUGAAUGAUGAAUGUAUAGUACAUAUAAUGUUCACGCAAACGCAUAAUGUACUCGCUAGCAAACGUUUGAUUGAGACUUGAGAAACUUCUAACAAUGGCGGAUCUGAAAGACGAACGAGGAAACCCGAUCUAUCUCACAGACGAACACGGGAAGCCGGCUCAGCUCAUGGAUGAGUUUGGUAACGCCAUGCACCUUAAAGGUGUGGCAACCACCGUUCCUCACCUUAAGGAGAGCAGCUACACCGGUCCACACCCAAUCACUGCCCCUGUCACCACCACCAAUACUCCUCACCACGCACAACCAAUCUCCGUGUCCCACGACCCUCUUCAAGACCAUGAUCUCCGCUGGUUCGGCACCAACUUGCCGGAGGAGGACUGGGAGGAUGGUGAAGGAGCAAGGAGUAAAACUACGGAAGAAACUAAAUCGAAGCUAGGCGUCAACAACCCAUCAGCUGCAACCGUAACAGGAACAGGAACAGGAACAGGAUCAGGAUCAGGAUCGAUUCAAGAGCCCCACGAGAAGAAAGGUUUCUUUAAGAAGAUCAAGGAGAAACUUUCUGGCCACCGUAAUUUAAUGUGAAAGUUACCAUACGGAUGGUCAUGAUUACUUGUAAUCACAAUCAUGGGCUUAAAUCAUCUUCGAAUUAUUGUUUUUUUUUGUUGUUGUUGUUAUUGUAAUUCUUGUUAAACAAAAUGUGUAAUUGUGUUAAAGUGUUGUUGGCAUUUCAACGUUGAUUACCU